UGUUUUUUAUGUCAAGGUUUUGGCGUGGUUUUGAAGGAUCCGGUGGGAAAUGUACUUUACUGGGUAACAAAUUCUGUGGAGGGAAUUUAGCAUUUUGCUUUUCUUUGUCCGCGGUUUUGUGUAUCUUCUUUUCUGGGCUUUGUUCUUAUUUUUUUUUUAGUUUCAGUUCUUUUACUUCAUUGUGAGCUAGUGUUAGUUUGGGGAGGCAUGAGGUUGUUUAUUUGUUUGUUUCAUCUCCUAGUACUCUUGGGAAGGCUUGCUAAUUAGGAUUUCUUUUAUCAUGUUUUGUGAUUUGAAAUGCCUCAAGGUCGAUGAAGAUUAGAGUUUCUACUCUGUUCAUAUGCGCUUUUCUUUGAUUUGUAUAGUUCCUGCAUUUGGAAAACAUUCAUGUGUGGCAAGCAAGUAUCCAGAUUGCCAUGCCAGAAGUUCUACUUUUCGUUUGAUCUGGACUUAUUUAUUGGUUUGUUUAUCUUAAAGGUCCGUUUACUUUCUGAGACAUUACAGAGCGACUACAUUGUCCUGAAAACUAUGAAGGAUGAACUAUAGCCUCCCGUUGACUGGGGAGGCUAGACAAUUUUUCUUGCGAGUUCUACUAGACUGGCGGAAAGAAAAGAAAAGAAAGGUGUUUCCUGGUGUACUCUUUGAGAGAAGCUUAAACCCAUUUGUGAAUCCACCAAACUGAGAUAGCUUAUGUGAUGAUAUACAAGCAUCUGAAAUGGAAAAUAGUCCUGAAAUCAAGACACUUCGGGAGCAGUUGGCUGUAGCAAGUCAGGCGAAAAAUGUACACAUUAAUGCGGCAAAAGCAGCAGAGGGUCCAUCCAAGGUAGGAGGAUCUCAAAGUUCAGAUUCAUCUGCAUUGGUAAAAACAUUAAAAGGAAAAAACUCUUUCCAGGAACCAGAGGAAGCUAUGCCUGAUGCUGUGUCAUUCAAGGGCAGUGGGGAUGCCUAUGAAGAAGGUGACCCUAGUUCUUUCUCUGGCGCUAGUCAUCCUCCAGAACCUGUAGAUACAGAUUUAAUGAGAACAGUCUAUGUGCCAAUUGGCCAGAACAAAUCUGAACCUGGGUGCUUGGUAAAAAGCUUGUCUAUGAAGGGUCCUUUUAUAGAGGAUCUCUCGAUCCGGGUUCCUGGUGUUAAACCAACUACAAGUGUUCUUUCACCUGCAGAAAGUCUGGUUGAAGAGCCUAAUGAUUUGGCUGCAUUGUCAUCUCCAUUUUCAGUUGCCCGUGCCUCACAAACUACAGAAGGCACAAAUCUGCCACCAGAAUCUGAUGAGAAGGAAUGUGUUUGGGAUGCUUCUUUGCCUCCCAGUGGCAAUGUAAGUCCACACAGUAGUAUUGAUAGUACAGGUGUUGUCACUGCUAUGAGUAUUGUCAAUAGCUGCACCAGUACAUACAGGAGUGAUGGGGUUACUAGUGAUGGUAUGCUUAGUGUAGAACGAAACUGCGAUAGCACAAAGGGGAGUGUUAGAGGAGACUCUCUUGAAAGUGCAAAAUCUAGUGUUAGCAGAGCAAGCGAUAGCAGUGGUCUGAGUGAUGACAGUAAUUGGAGUAACAUUACUGGUAGUGCUAAUAAGCCUCAUAAAGGGAAUGACCCUAGAUGGAAGGCUAUUCUUGCUGUUCGAGCACGGGAUGGAAUUUUGGGUAUGAGUCAUUUUAGGUUGCUCAAAAGGCUUGGUUGUGGUGACAUUGGUAGUGUCUACCUCUCAGAGUUGAGUGGGACAAGGUGUUACUUUGCAAUGAAAGUAAUGGACAAGGCAUCCCUUGCAAGCAGGAAGAAGUUGACAAGGGCUCAGACAGAAAGAGAGAUUCUUCAGCUGCUUGACCACCCAUUUCUGCCAACUUUAUAUACACAUUUUGAGACAGAUAGGUUCUCAUGUUUGGUGAUGGAGUACUGUCCAGGAGGUGAUUUGCACACUCUAAGGCAGCGGCAACCUGGGAAACACUUCUCUGAAUAUGCUGCACGGUUUUAUGCUGCAGAAGUGCUCUUGGCCCUGGAGUAUCUUCACAUGCUUGGAGUUGUCUACAGGGACUUGAAACCUGAAAAUGUGCUUGUCCGUGAUGAUGGACACAUUAUGCUCUCAGAUUUUGAUCUCUCUCUAAGAUGUGCAGUUUCACCUACCCUGAUAAAGACCUCAUUUGAAUCUGAUCCCUCCAAAAGGGCAACUGGAAGUGCAUUCUGUGUUCAGCCUGCCUGUAUUGAGCCAGCAUCUGCAUGCAUCCAGCCUGCAUGCUUUAUUCCACGGAUCUUUCCUCAGAAGAACAAGAAGAAAACCCGAAAGCCUCGGCCAGAGCCUGGUCCACCUGCCAGCACGCUCCCUGAGCUUGUAGCAGAGCCAACGGCAGCACGGUCCAUGUCCUUUGUUGGGACACAUGAAUACCUGGCCCCAGAAAUAAUCAAGGGAGAAGGCCAUGGCAGUGCGGUGGAUUGGUGGACAUUUGGUAUCUUUUUGCAUGAACUCUUGUAUGGCAAGACUCCAUUUAAGGGCUCAGGCAAUCGUGCAACACUGUUCAAUGUGGUUGGUCAGCAGCUGAGAUUCCCAGACUCGCCCGCAACCAGUUACUCGAGCAGAGAUCUUAUCCGGGGCUUGCUGGUAAAGGAACCACAACAUCGGCUUGGGGUAAAGAGAGGAGCAACUGAGAUCAAGCAGCACCCAUUCUUUGAAGGUGUUAACUGGGCACUAAUACGGUGCAGCACACCACCUGAGGUGCCAAGACCAGUGGAGCCUGAGCUACCAGGAAAGUUUGGGGUGGUUGAUACAGUUGGGGUAGGAAGCAACAGUAAGAGAAUGGUAGGGACAGACAUGAAGUCCGGUGGCAAAUAUCUGGACUUUGAGUUCUUCUAGUUUGAAUUACAUAAUUCAUAAUUUUUUUGUAUUACUAUGCCUAGUUAAUCAUAUGAAAACUUUCAUGCUUUGUGCUAACCUCCUAAUGCUUAGUGUGUACUGCCUCUGAGUCUAAUUUGAAAGCUGCAUUUGACUUGAAGGUUUUAAA